AUACCCAGAACGGUCUGCUGGACCCUUGAACAGUGCAGAGAAUUCCGCAGUGGUACAUUUUUCACACAGGGAUUUGUUACUGCAGAGCUUGGUGAACUCAACUUGUGCCGCGGUGGCAUCAUCAAGAUUGCCAAAACAGCUUUUGAAUGCUGUGAGGAAAUCUUUGAGAGUUGCAAAGGGUGCCAUACCCCGCUGCACCCCAAUCGGUCUCCUUGUCAGGAGGGGUCACUAGGAAUGAUAUUAUUGGUGGCGGGGGGGACGGAGGAUGGCCCGGGGGUAGUUGUGACUGUCUGCCAGGCAAACUUUGGGAGAAACAAGUGCUUAAGCAGCCUCACAGUAGCAAUGGUGGUGGAGGCAACAGAGGAAGUCCAGUGGCGGGGCGACGUACAAUAG